UAUGAACGAGGUGUGGGUCGACGAGACCCGACGACCGCCGGAAGAGGCACCGCAAAGAGUGACCAUGUUCUUCAUCGAAGACCGCAACAGCGACCCGAGGCGCUACAACGCCUCGCGCGUCAACGAAGUCGCCGCGGUGUUCACCGGCGAGAACGGCUUGCCGCCGGCGCAAGUGGAUUUCGCGGUUUACGACCGCGCGACGGCCGGACCCGCGAUGCGCACGCUGUCGACGAGGUCGCCACACAUCGAUCCGAUGGUAUACCCGCUGCUCUUUCCGAACGGCGAAAGGGGAUGGAACCAACACAUGGAACAGACGGGCGCGCGGAGAACGACCAACAGGCAACGCGUGUCCAUCAGGGAGUUCAUGUGUUAUCGUCUAGCCGUCCGUUACGGGGACAACAACGACGGCGGUCACGGCGGGUUCCGCCCGUUACACGCCGGCGGUUUUCUGUUUCAACAGCUCCUGUGCGACUAUUACGUGCGCAUGGAAUCGGAGCGGUUUGAAUACUACGAAGCGCACCAGUCAGACUUUUUCGUGGAGGCCUACCAAGGUCUGAUGGAUCACAUCAACGGGCAACACGACGUGACUAGGGACAACGACGUCGGGUCCCGCGUCAUUCUGCCUGCUUUGCACACGGCCGGCGUGAGGUUCAUGAAAAGACGUUAUCACGACGCCAUGGCCUUGGUGCGGACAUACGGCAAGCCCGAUCUGUUCAUCACUUUCACCUGCAACCCAAAGUGGACGGAGAUCGCGGACAACCUGUCGGACACGUUGACGUACAUCGACAGGGCCGAUUUGGUUUCGCGCGUGUUUCACGUCAAACUCAAAGCGCUGAUGAACGAUCUGACGCGCAUGAACGUCUUACGUCUACACGGUCGAGUUUCAGAAGCGCGGUCGGCCGCACGCGCACAUACUGCUCAUUCUCGAAGAGCGGUUUAAAAUACGUUUGGCCGAAGACGUGGACCGAAUCGUUUGGACAUAACGGAUCCCGUCGCGCAACCGGCGCUGCACCGUCUGGUCAAGGCCCACAUGUUGCACGGUCCGUGCGGCGUGUUUUUCAGAACGUCGCCGUGUUGAGACCAAGAGAGAAACGUCUGUACCAAGCAAUACCCGAAACCGUAUUGCGAGGAAACGAUUUACCGCGCCGACGGCGGUCACCCCGAGUACAGGCGACCCGACAACGGUCGUACCGUCAAAGUGCGGCGGGCCAUCCUGGACAGUCAGUGGGUGGUGUCUUACAAUCCUUAUCUGACGGCCUAAUACAACGCCCACAUCAACGUGGAGGUGUGCUCUUCGGUGAAGAGCGUCAGGUAUCUGUACAAGUACGUGUACAAGGGCCACGACGCCGCCACGUUCGCGGUGUUGAACAACAACGAAAUACAGAACUAUUUGAACACGAGAUACGUGAGUCCGCCUACUAGUCUACCUGAGGACGUUGCUGCUGUACCGCAGGGGCCCGAUCGGUUUCGAGGACCUGAGGACAGUCUACGGUACGGUGUACCCCACCUACGCCGAGGCCGCGACGGCUCUGGGCAUCUUGCGAGACGAUCGCGCGUGGAGAGCGUGUAUGCGAGAAGCUUCCGUCCACGACACGCCGCAUCAGUUGAGAUGUCUGAUCGUCUCGAUACUCCUGCAUUGCUCGCCUAAUGACCCGCCGUGACUGUACGACGAGUUUAAGGACAAUCUGAUGAAAGAUUACUUCAGACGACGCGCAGACCGCGACAGAUCCGAAACCAUGUGUUUGGCUGCCGUGGAACGUCACCUGGCGGCUUCAAACAAGACGCUGGUGGGUUACGGUUUACCCGAACCCGAUCGCGCUCUGUUAGUACCGGACGCCGCGCCAGCCGACAACACGAUGGCGGCGUCGGCGGCAGACGUCGCCGAGUUGAUCGGUCGACUGAACGAACAACAGCGGACGAUAUACGAUCGCGUCAUGCGGGCGAUCGACGACACCAGGCGUCUUUUGCCCAAGUUGUUCUACGCUUCCAGAGCCGGAGGUUGCGGCAAGACCUUCCUGUACAACUAUUUGAUUUCGUCCAUCCGGAGCCACGGAGGGACCGUGAUUUCCGUAGCCUAUACCGGGAUAGUCGAGUCGUUGAUCCAGGGCAGAAAGACCAUAAGUGUUCUGCACAUUAACGCGCGACCAUUGCGGUUUGCGUUUAUUUUGUUCCACACUAACGCCACGCGUUCACUUACAGGUUCACUCUACGUUCGGCGUUAGGGUGGCGCCGCACGAUCUAGAAGACCCGUCGUAUCUGGCGAUGCAAUUGAGGAAAGCGCAGGCUCUGCGCGCCGCUUCGCUGAUCGUUUGGAACGAGGCGUCCAUGUCGCCCACGUCGCAGCUGCGGGUCGCCGACAGGUUGCUCAGGGACGUCAUGAACGUGCCGGACACGCAUUUCGGCGGUAAACUCGUGCUGUUCGCCGGCGACUUCAGGCAGACGUUGCCCAUCGUGAAGCGCGGUUCGCGAGCCCAAAUUGUUUCCGCCACCAUACGACAUGGUGUUUAUUGGGUCUUGAUGGAAAAAUACGCGCUGGAGCGCAACAUGCGAGCCGACGGACUGGAACACGUGACUAUUCCGGGCGGUGCGGUAAGCGAAUCUUUUGUGUCUCUAUUGGACUUUGUUUACCCACGGGCGAUGUCGUUGGACAACGUCCGCGAUUACGCUAAACAUAUUGUUUUGUGUGUUACGAACAACGAGUGCAAGAACAUCAACGAUCAGGUGCUCCACAGUCGAGUGACGGGGUCGCAGAGGGUGUACACCGCCACCGAUGCCGUCAUAGCCGACGACGACGACGAGGCGGCCAAUUUUCUCGUAGAGUUCCUCAACACUCUGGAAGCGGACAACUUGCCGCCGUACAGGUUAACUCUGAAGGUGGGCGCGAUCGUCAUGUUGCUGAAGAACCUGGACACGGCCAGACGGCUGUGCAACGGCACCAGACUGGUAAUUACUGAGCUCAGGCAACAUAAUUUUAAAGCUAAACUGUUGAAAGAUCUCGACGCCGAGGAGACAGUCGUUCCCAUCGUUCAGACGAGGACGUCCGGGGACGGCGACAUUCCGUGCCGCAUGUGCCUUUACCAGUUUCCCGUGAGGCUAUGCUACGCCAUGACCAACAAGUCGCAGGGGCAGACGUUCGAUCGUAUCGGCCUGUCGCUGACGGUACAGCCGUUCGCCCACGGACAGCUGUACGUGGCGUUUUUGAGGGUGCGCAACCAGAAUUCCAUCAGGGUUUACCCUUUGUCGGCCGUGGACGGACCGUGCGUUGUGAAAAACGUCUUGUACAGGGAAGUAUUAGAAUAAUUUUGAUGUAAAUCAUGUUUAAUAGCGACAUUGAACGCGAUCCCACGGUACAGCGGGUAAUCGAGUGUUUUGAACGGAUUAAGUGGUGUAAUCCGGUCAAAAUGCUCGAUUUUGACGGGCGUAACUUGGGCGUUUAUGCGAAUAUUCUGCCUGUGUCCCUGUAUGCUCGAUCGCCAGUUUUCUGAUCGCGAUCGUUCGCGUUGGACAGCGAAAAAUCGGGUUUUUUGAACGGAUUACCUGGUGUAGUCCGGCCAAGAAACUCUAUUGCUGCUGGCACGGGUUGUUUCGGUGUGCCAGAUGCGGCGGGCGUGACUUGAGCGUUUAUGCGAAUAUUCUGCCUGUGUCCCCGUGUGUCCCUCGAAACGGCUAUUUUCCCAUGCUGUGCAUAUGCCAUUUGAACCCCAAAUAGCAUGUGUACGGGCGGGGAAAUUUCCGUUUUUUGCGUAGAGAUUAUCUGACAACCUUCACGUGGUUCUCUCUGAAUGCAAAUCCGUUAAAUGUUCGUGGCAUUAAAUAAAAUAUCAUAAUAAUAGUAAUAUAAAUUUUUAAAUAUUUGCAUUACAAGUCGAUAUGACAGUCACUUUUUGCCAUACGAAUUCGUAACUAAUGUCAUGCGUUAUAAUUAAAAUUUGUUUGCAUAUUAUAAUAUAUUUAUUUGUUCGAUUUCUUUUCCAGAACUCAAACGAAUUAACACAAAUGACUCGGAGAACGUUGGUAACACGACGAACGUUUCGACAAAAUAAUAUCAUCUUAUGCGGGACCGACACGAAAUUCCUGGAAAUUAUCAUACACGACAACUUACUUUCUACGCUUCAUUAGAAAUUAUUAUCGACCAUUUGUGAUACAUAAUUUUAUAUUGUUUAACAUACGUAUACAUUAUCUAUUAUAUAUCUUUUCACUUAAACAGUUCAAAUGUAAUAUAACAUUUUUAUA